AGUACUGGCUUUGCUGAUCACUCUGUCGGAUACACAGCUUGAACAUCGCAGUGUUGUCGAGGCUGAAACACGGUCAGGGCUUAUGGACAGGCGCGUGUAGCUCCCGGGAUCCCUCUCCGUCUUUCCGUGCACUGAACGGACUGCACCCCGUGAGUCAUUUUGACACCUAUCUGGGCUUCUUUCCGCGCUCCGGUCUUUCUACUGCAGGGCCUCUUCAGUUUACAGGAAAAAAGUGGGUGUUUACUCACUGGUGUUCCGGCAGCAGCGGCGGCGGCGGCGGCGAGCGCAGCGAAGUGUCCUCGAUGGCAGGCUGGAAGGACGGCUCGGUGCAGGAGAAGUAUCGGCUGGUCGUGGUCGGAGGCGGCGGUGUCGGGAAAUCAGCCCUGACUAUCCAGUUUAUUCAGGGUGUUGGUUUGACAUUCCCCGAGCACUCCCCUCAGCUGUCACCACUUAACUAGUCCCCAAGGAGAGCGAGAACUACAAAACAUGGGGAAAAUGUGAAGGAAAAAAAGGCAUGACUCCUCCUCCUCCAGGCUCCCUUCCCCCCUUGGCCCCACCCUCCCAGUUUAGGUCACUAGGAGACCAGAUAGUGUCUCUGUGGAGAAUGAAAGAAUCCUACUUUGUCACUGACUAUGACCCCACGAUUGAAGACUCUUAUACCAAGCAGUGUGUGAUUGACGAAAGGGCGGCCAGGCUUGACAUCCUCGACACGGCUGGACAGGAAGAGUUUGGAGCCAUGAGAGAACAAUACAUGAGGACAGGGGAGGGCUUCCUGCUCGUCUUCUCAGUCACUGACAGAGGAAGCUUUGAAGAAAUCUACAAAUUCCAAAGGCAAAUUCUUCGAGUGAAAGACAGAGACGAAUUCCCUAUGAUCCUUGUAGGAAACAAAGCAGAUCUGGAACUACAGAGACAAGUAACCCAGGAAGAGGGCCAGCAGCUGGCCAGACAAUUGAAGGUCACAUAUAUGGAGGCUUCAGCCAAAAUCCGUAUGAACGUAGACCAGGCUUUUCACGAGCUUGUUAGAGUUAUCAGGAAAUUCCAAGAACAGGAGUGUCCACCGUCGCCAGAACCUACAAGAAAAGAAAAGGACAAGAGCGGCUGCCAUUGUGUGAUCGUCUGAGUCGGCCUUAUCACUGUAACUCAUGCAGCUGCUCUCUACCACCCCACCCACUCUGCCUGACAUCACAUCCUCAGUGGAUGACUGACCGCUGCCUUCUCCACGUGCAUGACUUCAGACAGCCUUUUCUGAGAUACUUUGACCAGGAACUGCUGUCCCCAGGACAUCACUAUGGACAACUGACAAUGCCAAAUUUUAACACCACUCUACCUUCAGCUGUAAUUUAAUUAACACGAGAGAGUCCCAACACUAAACAUUGCCUUCUAAAUCAGCCUGACAAAUUAAUGUUUUGUACUCUGAAGGACUUCUCUUGCCUUGUAGUGAAAUUUGUACUUGCUACCGAGAUUGAAUGAAAACUAUAUAUCCAGAAUGUUAAUGACUUUCUUUAAUGUCCGGUGUCUGACCAGAGCAGAGAGAUUAUCUUAUGAAGCUUCGUGUAUUUUGUGCCAUAUCCACCUUUACUCCCAUGUGCUAAUCUGCUACUGUACAUAUGUGACAUUUGUUGUGAUUUUCAAAGUGUAUUUCUAAUGACUUAUUAAAUCACCACAGUACAGUGUGUGAGGUUGAGUUUGGUUUUACAUAUAUGAAAGUGAAUAUAUAAGUAUGUAUAUAAAUAUAAUGCCUAGACAGCCCUUAAAGCUACAAUGAUAGAAGUUUUUGGCAUUCUGCAGUGGAUUCUUAACUUUGUCUGUGGUUUCUGCUUUCAUCUCAAUUGCCAAAUAUGGAGUGUCUACUGUAUUUUAUUUUUUGAAAGUCUUAUAGAUUGAAGGAUUCUUAUCCAACGCCAUCUCCUCAGUGUACUGAAAGUAGCAAAUUUGCCUGAAUUUCUUUCCUCAAAGGUGGCGGUUCAGUCAAAAUUGGACAUCAUACUUUGUUUCAGAUUUUCUGAGAGGCAGUAGAUACAUUUAUUGGUAGAACAUUGUGUACAUUUGAAAACUAACAUGAUUUCAGAUAAAAACACUGAACAUUGUAUCCUCUUUAUUCAUCUUUUGACAAGUAAUGUUAACAAAUAAUGUUGAAGCUUUCAGAGCUCGGUUCAGUUCAGAUCAUUCCAAUGUGAUGCAUAUCUUCUGUCAAACAUUAUAGUCUACAAUAUAGUUCAGAUAACUGUAAUAUCAUUCCAAUAACACAGUGGCAAUGUACUUGUUGUGUCCUUGAAUUAUUCUGUUACAUACCCCCCAAAGGUCUGUCAAUUGGAACCCCAGGAAAAGUGGAAGCAUUGAGAUACAUGUCGUAAAAAAAAAAAAGUUCUCCAGUGGGACGUGAACUCACCGGACCUGCCACCUGUGGAGCUGUCAUCACCACAGACACAAAAUAAUUUUCUGCCUUCCCUUUCCUCUUCUGUACUUCUGUUUAGGCAUACAAAUGAAGUACUGCAGUUUAUUUUUCAUAUCAUCAUCUUGUAAUAUAAACAACAAGAAAAUCAGAUGAUGGAAGUGAUGGACUUAAAUGUUUCUACUCUACUUUUAUACAUUAUUUUCUUAUCAAACUAGUUGACAAGUAUUUUUAUAUGUUUAUAAGUGAAUACAAGUUCACAGCACAGCUGUGUAUAUAUGUAAAGAGGAAUAUUUAAUUUGAAAAAAAAUAUUGAUUAUGUUAAACUGAAGAUGACUGUUGGCCCAAAUUUGCAUAAUUGGAUUCUUCACCCAGAUGUGACGAAGAAUGUUUUUUCUUAUUGUGGCUAAGUAAUGGAGAAUAUAUUUAUGUUGAGGUGUUCACCACCAGCUCAGAGUGUAAAAUGCCAGAUCAGGUGGGAGAAGGUUUUUAGAAAUGAUUCUGCUCUUGACAUAGGAGCUUUAAACAAAUGAAUUAUUAUAAUCACUGAGAUUUGAAAUACUCACUUCCCAUUUUAUUGCAAAUCCUAGUGUAUGUCCAAAUCAUACUGUUUUUUUUCCUUCCUUUUUCUUCCAUAUCAUAUCAGUGUCUUUUUGCCCUGUGUGUAGCUUUUGGUGCUAAAAUAAAAUCUGUCAUUGAGCCA